UUUCUUUUUUUCGAAGUGGUAUCAUUUUACGCUUUUAUAGUGCAUUGGUGCUUGCGACUGCCGGCAGAGGUUGGGUUGGCGUAAAAAAAAUACCAGAGCAAAAAGAAAGUCCAAUAAAAAAGCCUAAAACACGCCAGAAAUAAGCUAAAACUAAAUCCUCUACAUGGAGAGUGGUUAUUAUGGCGAUGGUAAUUAUGACGGAACAACUCAUUUGUACCCACUGCUACACUGCAGGCCUGCGUAUUACGUAUACAGGCUGAGCUGACAAUCGGAUCGUCCUACCUGACCAACACGGCGCAAAUUUCACAUCGUCCUGUCAAGACGAACAGAAGAACGAGGCAAGGUCAGUGUCAAGCCUCAGCAUUUCACCAGUAUAGAGCUACUGAGACACGACAUCUAAUGGCAUUCUGUCGGGAAACUCAUUCUUGGAAAAGACUAUCCGCUAUGUUGUUCUUCCUCACCUUCUUAUCUGCUUGCACGGCUGUAGACGUGUACAGUUCCUGCCCCCGCCAGUGUAGGGAAGUAGGCUGGAAUGAGGCUUUUGGUGUUUCAACCGAGCUCGCGGGGUCUGGGGCUUACCCGGUUAUCAUACAGACCUGGAUAGUAUGCACGGAUCUAAAUGGAACUGUCUCCACCUCUUCUCUAACAUUGCCAUGCAGUCCAAAGGUCACAGACUCGGCAAAGUUAGACACAGUGGCAGUGAAGAGAUACCCUAUCAGACUUCUAUCGGCAAGACUAUUUACACACCCUGCAAAAGUUGCGACUCUGGCCCUAUUGGAAUGUGAAAUCACAGAUAUUGAAGAGAAUACAAUGGCUGGUCUUGGUCAACUGAGGACGUUAGCCUUAGACUUUAACGGGCUGUCAUAUAUUACACACAGCUACUUCUCGGCCCUUCAUUUUGUCAAUGUGCUGACCUUGUCCAAUAAUGAAAUAGAACAGAUGGAUCCAGGGAGCUUCAUCAGCAUGAAAUUUCUUUUUUUCUUGAAUUUACGAUAUAACCUGCUGCGGGUUGUAAAGCCUGAUUGGUUUCUUGGUCUGAAUAGCUUGACAGUCCUUUAUUUGAAAGAUAACAGGAUUGAGGUCAUUCCACUGCGAGCAUUUCGGCACCUACCGAAGCUGAUAGAUCUGCAUCUAGGUGGCAAUAAGCUAACUUCUCUGGGCGGAGACUGGUCCUGGCAUCUGGCUGUCAGCAACCGAAUUCGCGACCAAGGGUACCCCUUUAUGUUUAGAAGACAGGACGUAUCUGUUAGGCUACCCGGCGGUCUCCUUUGUAUCACUCAUGACCCUCUGAGCGAUGUGAAAGAACAAACUUUGGGGUGGUCCUUUGAUUCAAUAGAACAACCCUUUCGGUGGAUCUUUCAAAAAAUUCACAAAAACACCUGCAUCGAUAUCCGGGAUAUCGAAAAUCCCUUGCCUAAAAGCAUCACAACUCAGGCACCUUUUGUAGCCAUCAUAAAACGCUCACUCUCAGAUAUGAUCUCCAAUGAUACAAAUGACCAGUGCAGAAAAGUAUGGGAGCAUAGCAGCGACUUAUCUGUAUCUUUACUUGGCGGUCUGAGUCUCCGCCUGGCUUUCCUGAGAGCUGAAAACACAGAAACACUAACUGCCAUUGUAUUGAGCCCGACAACAAACACCACAACGGGUAGCACAGCCACGGGGAGAAACCACCUCAACAACAUCACCGACACAAGCGUCAAGAAUAUCACCUGUGUUGUAGUUACCAAAGACAAGGUUAGUCAGACGGUGUUCAGUGUCCAUCAGUUACAGCAGAGGCAAAACGACACCGACACAGAUUUUCACAGUGGAUCGAUAUUCCAUCCGAAUCCUGCAGCAAAGAACGAGUCUCUAGUAGUAGCAUCGACCUCUUGUCCGCAGGCUAGCACUAUGUACACAAAGGCUGCCCAAGGAAAACCAGUUCGUCCAACCCGAACGCUCAUCAUCAUCUUGACUCUUCCAAUAUUAGGAGGUCUGGUUGUGGUAAUCGUUGUGUUUCUCUUGAAAAGAAGGUCAAUGUUAAACAAGCAGCAUAUUCGAGCCAUCAGGCGGCGUGGUGCUGUGUCUGGGCGGGCGAGGUCGGCCUCUCUCCCCACCAUCUCCCGCCCCAGCCACGCCGUUCUGUACCGCAAAGCCUCUUGCAGAUCCCUGCCUGUCGCCCUGCAUUCUAUCGAGCCCACGUACUACGAGAUCUCUGAUGACGCUGUCUUGGCUACUCGACCUCUUCCUGUCCUCCCACACACGAACUGGGAAAUCCCGGACGUCGAGCCGACGUCUUGCAACACUUCGGAAGACGAAGACGACGAUGGGCCAUUGCGAUUUUAUGCUGCUGCCGCAGAUAUGACGCUCGUGGGGAACGGAGAAGGUUGCAGCACCUACCACGGCAGCAAACCGAAAACUGUACAUUAUCACAGGUCCGCACAACGUACAGCCAUUUAUGAAAAUCCUGAGGUCCAACGUGUUACCUUUCAUAGAAAUGCGGAAAAUCCCUACCGUCACCAAGUCACUAGAGCUUGCGGAGCAAGAAGAACUUCUUCUGUCCCCAUCUACGAAGGUCGAACCAUGGGUAGAACAUACAUGAAUGUAGGACAGGCAAAAGGGACGUCAUCAGUAAUUCAUCACAGAGCAGCGAGGACAACUGCCGGGUACGAGGCGCCACCAGCGUCUCUAUGGACGGAGAACAGGGAUUAUCAGACCGUUCUAAACGACGUGGCGCCAUGGACAUCACCGCCAAACACCUACUGGCCGUGGGAGAUCUCCAAUGGGCAGUUGAACAGAUCGCGCCCAGUGCCUCUGGUCUUCCCCUUACCCAACACGUACUGGCCAUGGGAAGAAACUUCAUGUAGCGGCAACCGAGGUCCAAAGCGGCGGGCGUCACUCCCCACCUACCCCGAGACAACACAGACUGAAGUAUCCUUAAACACCACACCAUGUGUGCCACCUAACACCUACUGGCCAUGGGAAAUUACAGGUGAAAGUAGCUGUAUCGAUAUCACACAACGACGGGCGUCCCUUCCCACUCUCAGCAAUACCUACAUAUACUGUGAGACAACACAAACUGAAGUAUCCCCUGAAGCCCACACAACCAAACACCUACUGGCCCAUCGGGAGAUCUCAAAGAAUGAGCGUGUUAACUCACAGCUUGCUGCUCCCAACCUACCAAACACCUACUGGCCAUGGGAGGUGAAGUAG